AGUAUGAUAACAGAAUUUAUACAAUGAAGACACUUUGAAGAAUAUUUGGGUGACUUGUGAUAAUAUAAAAUUCUCACCUUGAUCAUGACUGGCCUCAGUAUUGACGACGUUCGAAUUGAUUUGCAAAAAUUUGGAUUGCCUGAUUAUUCUAUAUUUGUGUUGAUGUUGGCAACAUGUGCUGCGAUUGGAAUUUAUUUCGGAUUUUUUGAGAAGAAAUCGAAAAUCAUUGGUGAUGAGUCAGAUUAUCUCGUGGGUGGACGAAAUAUGAAGACUUUCCCAGUUGCAAUGUCGUUGAUAGCAAGUUUCAUUUCAGGAAUUUCACUUUUGGGAACGCCGACAGAGACUUACAUUUAUGGAAUUCAAUAUCUUUACAUCAUGGGUGGAAUUAUUACCAUGGGUUUCAUAAUGAUGUACGUUUAUCUUCCAGUGUUUCAUGAUCUGAAACUCACCAGUACAUAUGAGUAUUUACAGACAAGAUUCGACAAGAAGAUGCGUCUCUUUGGGUGUAUUUUAUUCAUAUUUUCUCAGAUGGUCUGGCUUCCUAUCGUGAUUUUUGUACCCGCUCUAGCUUUCAAUCAGGUGUCAGGCAUUGACAUUCACAUGAUCACGCCAAUAACGUGUGUCUGCUGUAUCUUCUAUACGACUGUCGGCGGACUUAAGGCUGUCGUUUACACGGACGUUGUACAAUCAUUAAUGAUGUUCGGAGCCAUGUUUAUAGUAAUCAUUAAAGGCACUUUAGAUGUUGGUGGAUUGGAUGUUGUGAUUAAUCGAAACAUCGAAAGUGGGCGCAUCGAGGGACCGGACACAUCUUUUGAUUUAACAUCUCGACAUACAGUUUGGUCGUUAUGCAUUGGCGGCUUCGUGUAUUGGUUGAAAACGAACGCUAUAAGUCAGAAUAUGAUACAACGCUAUUUGUCACUGCCAAAUUUAACAGCGGCUAAAAGAGCUCUUUGGAUCUUUAUCUUUGGCGUGUUUGUAAUGUUGAGUAUAUGCUGUUAUUGCGGGUUAUUGAUUUAUGCUACUUAUCAUGACUGCGAUCCGCUCACGACAAAAUUGGUUAAGGCAAAAGAUCAAUUAUUGCCACUUUUGGUGAUGGACAUUUUAGGAGAUUAUCCAGGCUUACCUGGAUUGUUCGUAGCGGGAGUUUUUUCAGCUGCACUCUCAUCGCUCUCAACAGGAUUAAAUUCGAUGUCUGCAGUUAUGUUAGAAGACUUCUUUAAGCCCUUUUCGAAAAAGCCUUUAACCGAGCUGCAGACAAAAUACAUUAUGCGUGGCGUUGUUGCAGUAUUUGGGACAAUUUGUGUUGCUUUGGUUCUUGUAGUUGAACAACUUGGUGCAGUUUUGCAGCUAUCGAUGUCACUUGGUGCUGUAGCUCAAGGCCCAUUACUGGGAAUUUUCACUAUGGGUGUAAUGCUUCCAUGGGUUCACGGAACUGGCGCAUUCGUGGGUAGCGCAACAGCUCUAUCAUUCAUGACGUGGAUAUGCUUUAAGGCUCAACGGGCGAUCGCAACAGGCGAGCUUCAAUUUGCUACAAAAGAAGUUUCCACUAGUGGUUGUAGUUAUCAUUUCAUUGCCAAUGAACCGAUGAGUAUGUUGGCAAUUAAUGAAACUGCACCAACGAUGACUUUGGAAGAUAUUGAGCCAAUGGGAUUUCAAAUUUAUCACAUAUCUUAUCUGUGGUAUACACUUGUGGGAUCAUUUAUUUGUAUCAUUGUGUCUUUAAUUGCGUCAUAUAUUCUCGGACCCAACAAACCAAGUGAUCUGAAUCCAAAUCUUCUAGCACCAUUUGUACGGAAAUUGAUAAAAUUUGAAACAGCAAAGCCAAUCGCAAAUGAUGAACGAGAAUUAGAACAUUCAAUGAAACUGAAGAUGAUUGACCACGAAGAAAUCAAAUUGAAACAGCAAAAAUGUGAUAAUUACUUGAGGCAUUAAAAAUAAAGUUAAUUGUCAGCAUUUCUUGAUUCAAAAUCUUCACGUUAACUUUCAUCAGUAUUGAAAUUCUUUAACUUCAUACACUUGAAGUGGCAAAGAUCCUUCGAUUGAGUUAUUUAAAGAUUUCCAACGAAUUUUCAUCAUCUUGAAAAGGAAAAGGGGAAAAAUAUUUUUUAUCUUAAUUGUUAAUCACUUUUUCAAUUGUUUUUAUUUCACCAUUCGGUGAAUAUUUGACAAUGGAAGCUAAUGCUUAUCAAAGAGUUCAUUCAAGAAGCUUGAGUUGGAAUUUCUUUGAUCUCAUUUUUAGGUAAUUGGUAUUCUAAUAAAUAAUUCAUAAACUCCGUGCUAUUUACAUUGAGAGUACGACACUUAUCGAGGAUGUCGUGCUACGUGAACAAAUGAAGGAAAGUGAGAAUGGCAAGCAGUAAUCGUAAUUUUUAGGUUGAAAAAGGAAGCACAAGGAGAGGGGAGAAUGAAAAUUUUCGUGACUUUAAAUGUUGGAAAUAUUUUGAGGCAUUUCUAAAGCAUACUUAUGCUAAGUGUAUGCAAGCGGCGUUCAUAACGAUCGUUUGUGUUUUUCUGGUCGUUGAGGUGAUGACUAAUCGCAAACGAAUGUCAAAAUUUACGAUUUAAGAAAUCGAUAAAUUUUAUACAAAUUUAUUAAGUGUUUCUUGGAAAGUUCAUAUCUUAAUGUGCUUUAAGCUCCGUAACUCCAAGACGUAAAUCAAGUAAAUGUCAAUUUCUAAAACUUACCGCCAACAACAAACUAAUAUUCAUCAGAACAU